CCAGGCGGUGGCGACUCCCUUCAGCUGGGGAGGGGGUGAAGGCAGAAUCAAGUAUCUGUGCAGCCUGAGAUUCCCAGAGGCUCUAUUGUGCUUCCUCCUUUCUCCUGAAUUUCGGCAGAAUCAAGCUUCUUAAUGGUAGACUUGGAAGAAACUUCAGCCAAUCAAACAAGAACUUCCAUAAGCCACUUUGUAAAGGAAAGCUAAUGGAGAGAGAUGAUGGCUCUGAUUGGUCCGCCCAUGCCAAGGGUUUAAUUUUGAAUUCUCUCAGAUGCUGCAGCCAGAGAGGACAUUACCCAGACUCUGUUUACUUCCCGGGGCUCUUAUACUACCUUGGAUUACUCCUUCCUACCUUCUACCUCCUCUACUCCUAUUCAGAGCCAUUGAAUGAAGCUGCAGGACCCACAAUAUUGCUGAAUAAAUUUACAAAUUCAUGUUAUCAAGUUUUUGGCAAAUAGAGAUUGUUUCAUUCCUUAUAUUUGUAUCCUUGGACACAGUGCAGUGCCUGGAACAAAAAAAAAUGACCAAGCACAAAUAUCGGAGAAGAAGGAAAUUGAGAGCCAGAAUGUUAUUCAAAAAGAGAAAAGCUUGUCCCCCUGAUCCCAUUCCACCUAUUUCUCCUCCUUCCUCUCCUUUAUCAUCUCCAACUCUACCUCCACUUGAAAGGACGAUAGAUGCCCCUCCUACAAAUAAAGGUUGUGGCCAAAUUUGGCCAACAUUAGCCUGGAAUAUCACAUUUUCCAGCGUGAAGAAUCCAGUGAAAUUCUUGGCAAAGAAGGUGUGGUCUUUCUAUUACUGUUGCCAGAGCAGUAUUACACAGAAUUUAGAGAUUUGGAAAGAUCGCCUGUUUCCAUCCCGUAUCUACUUCCGGGAACUUGGCCUGCUCAGACAGCAGGUUUAUAAGCUGGAAAAUGAAUUCUACAAGCUCCAGGAAGCACUGAAGACCUCUCAGACCCCUGCCUCAGAGUGUUCCGUGUGCCGGGACGGGCACAAAACAUGUCACUUGGGGGCUCAACUUCCAGAGGAUCUUGCCCAAACUCAAACCACUAUUCAAGAAUCAGUACCCAUAAUCCUGCCAGUGAAACAGCAGCCUUCAGUUCUCCCUCUUCCUCUUCCUCCUUCUAUUCCCCUUCCUCCACCUCCACCACCUCCACCACCUCCACCACCUCUGCCUCUUCCACCACGCUCAGUACCUUUGUUGCUCAAAAAAGUUGAUCGCACUAAAACUCUUCAGGCUGCACCAUUAAAACAAGAUGUGCCCAUGCAGAUAACUGUUAAAGACCUGCUCAAUGUGAAGUUAAAGAAGACACAGAAUUCUAACAAUAGGAAUAAGACCUUGUCAUCGAUGAAGGAACGAAAGCCACUGGUUACAGUCUCUGAUCUUCAGAGUAUCGCCCUGAAACCUCAAUCCAAAUUUCCAUCAGCUCACAUUGCAAAUAUGAUCAUCACUCCCAGCAAAGGACGAGUGGAUCUAAGAAGACUUCUUAGGAAAGUCGACAUAGAAAGGAGUCCAGGAGGAACCCCUCUUAUCAAUAAAGAAAACAUGGAAACUGGAACAGGGUUGACCCCAAUAAUGACCAAGGCCUUACGGCAAAAGUUUCAGCUGGCUCACCCAAAGAGCCCAUCCCAAGCUCCAUUACUUUCCACAAGCAGCUUUGAUGAGUAAAAUUGAUGACAAUGAUGGGUCAAGUUUGAAGAUAAAUACUAAAAUAGAUAAGUGCUCAAAUGUCAUUUUUAAGGAUUCUGUUUGUGUUUAUAUAGCCAAAAGUAUACACCUAAAUAUUGUCCAGUUAUUUCAGUCAAGAUGUCCAAAUAGGAUAUUAGUUCUUUGCCUUCGAUUGUCUAGAUGGCAAAGCUUAAUUGAAUAUCUUAUUGUAUCCUUCCUCUAAUUUGUCAUGAUAGGAUAUUAUGUAUUAGUGACUUAGAUCCCAUUAAUUUUUAGAACAAUCAUUUCUAAUUGCUACAUUUGCCACCCAACCAAUAAAAAGAUUAUAAGAGUUGCAGUCCUACCUAUUUUUAUCCAAACAAAUAAGGCCUUAUGGCCUUAAAAGAUGGAAUAUAUUUCUUCCACUAUCUAGUGUAGUUCAUCAUCUGGCUCACUAUCAUGUUGUAGCAGCCCCAUAAUUUUCAUAUUCAUGUUCAAGAAUCCAAAGGGAAGUUUAAUGGAUAGCCCCUAAUAGGUGCUCUGUUUCUUCUACUAUACCUCCUCCUAAUGGCUGCAUGAACUCUAAACCUGGCUCUAGGUUCAAGGCUCUCUCACCUGUAUUUCUAGCCAAAGAACAGAGGGAACCGUCCUUAAGCAUAAAGUCAGGUUCAGGGUGGUUCAAGAAAACUCAUCUGCUUUUCUAAGAAUGAAGACAGUACUCAUUGAAUCGAUGAGGACAGCAACAGUAGGAUAGGGUUACAAAACUUUGAUGUGUAUAAUCUUUUCAGGAAAAGCUGUGAUAUGAAAUAAAAAUGGGAUUUUGGGAAAGUUCCUAAGCCAAAAACCAGUUGAGGGAGUUUCUUAAAAUAGCUAGUAAUGUUCAAACCUUGGCCCUAGUACAACUUUGACCCUAGAAAAUCCCCAUUGGAGCUUCAAGGCUGACUCUUUAACAUAGUCCCUUUUUUGGGCAAUCAUAUUUUUGAGCUACACCUGCAUGUGUAUCUCACAAUGGAUAGAUACAGAAUUAACAGUAAGAUGUGUGCCAAAAAUGAUAUGUAUAUUAAAAAAACAAUAAUAAAAUCUGUUGGCUGUUCUCAUGAAAGUUGAGAACUAAGGGAAUACUCAUGAAGGAAGCAGUUCAUUCUUAUGGCAGAAUUGUAUUUAUAAAGUAUAACUGAAAUUUACAAUAGCUCUACUAUGUACUGUAUUAAUUUUAUAAAUAACUUGGUAAUUCACAAAAGAGGAAUAAUGUUGUACCUCUUUGGUUACCAAACAAUUGAAAAGGUUCUAAAAUAGGUAUUCAAUGGGAAGGUUCUAUAGGCAUCUGAUAACUAUAUAGGUUUAUGCAAAUAUAUAUAUGUGAAGCUGCUACUGCUAUUACACCAGUAUUAAGAUAUAUUACAUGCCCUGCUCCCCAAGGUUUACUUUUCAGCUUUUACUAAGCUCUUACCACAGUUUGCUUUGUAUUUUUUAAUAAUUUCUAUAAACCAAGGGUUCCUUAAAACCACUGUAUACUGUAUGGUCUGUUUUUAAGAUUGAGUGAUAACAAAAUCAGGCCACCAAUUCUGGGGCCACUUAGCUGUGUUUUAACAAUAAAAAUAUUUUAAUAAAUGAUGGAAUUCUGA